AUGGUUGUGAGAUCUCUUGACAUAAAUAAAGGUCCAUUCCGACCUCAAGAAAAUGAUGAAGAGCUUCUUGGUGAUGAAACACCAUAUCUCAGUGCUAUUGGGGCACUAAUGUACCUUGCCAGCAUUACCCGUCCAGAUAUUUGUUUCGUGGUAAGUUUAUUGGCGAGAUUCAGCUCAUGUCCAACAAGAAUACAUUUGAAAGGAGUUAAUCAUAUAUUCAGAUAUCUUCAAGGAACAAUUGAUAUGGGAUGGUUGUAUUCUAAUGCAUCCAAGUCAGAAUUGAUCGGUUAUGCAGAUGCUAGCUAUUUGUCUGAUCCACAUAAAGUCCGAUCUCAGAAAAACUAUUUAUUCACAUGGAGGUACAACUAUAUCAUGGCGUUCGAUGAAACAAACAAUAGUUGCUACUUCUUCAAAUCACGCAGAAAUAAUAGCCAUUCAUGA